CGGUUAAGUGUAAAGUCUUUGAACUCCGCUUCCCAGAAUCCCUGGAAGAGUCCCAGACUGCUUUGCGAGGGUAUGGUCGGGAAGGUGCAAAUGUCAGCGUGAAAGGUAACCGGGACAUUUUAAUUCAAACUACAGGAAAAACCAGAAGAGCAUUCUUUCCAGAAACUUUUUGUCAGGAUAUCCCUAAAGCAGCUGUAAUAUAAAUGUGUGAAUUUCAGUACGUGUCUGGCCAUGUGGUGACUCUUUGCUGAUUGUAGUAAGCAUCCUCAAUACGCGGAAGUUUUCUUUGAACAUGAUUUGUACCUUUCUGCGAGCUGUACAGUAUGCAGAGAGGCUACACAGGUCCUCAGGGAGGCGAUUGCUGUCGCCACAGUUCACGCUUAACAAAGCGUGCUUUACGACCGAGCCUAGUUUGAGAUGGGGGCUGCAAGAGCGGAAGGAAAAGGUGCUAUCAGGAUGUAUCUUUGAAGUCUCCCGGAAAACUAUCUGGACGCAGGGACCGCGACCCCAGAAAGCACAAAACACCGGCAAGCAAGUAUCUUUGCACAGAAGUCAGAAAGGGGAAACCGCUAUUCCAACGACCCAGAAAGUGAAAGAAGCUGGACGAGAUUUCACCUAUUUAAUAGUGGUACUCAUUGGAAUCGGCAUUACAGGUGGCUUGUUUUAUGUGAUUUUCAAAGAACUUUUUUCUUCAUCCAGUCCCAGUAUCAUAUAUGGGAAAGCCUUAGAAAAAUGCAGAACGCAUCCUGAGGUGAUCGGUUUCUUUGGUGAGCCUGUUAGAGGCUAUGGGGAGAUGACAAGACGUGGUCGAAGGCAUCAUGUCAGUUUUAUUGAUUAUGUGAAAGAUGGGCUGAAACAUACACGUGUGAAAUUCUACAUUGAGGGGUCUGAGCCAGGGAGGCAAGGAACAGUGCAUGCAGAAGUGAAAGAGAAUCCAAAUAGUGGAGAAUAUGAAUUUCGGUACAUAUUUGUGGAAGUGGAAUCCUAUCCUAGAAAAACUAUUAUCAUUGAAGAUAAUCGAUUCCAAGAAAAUUGAAGAAUCAAGCAAGCAUACUGUUUCCUGGUGGGUGUGAAACGGUGCAAAUUCAUUAUGAUCUCCACAGCUCCUGAGUACAAGAGUACAUCACUCACAAAAGUAAAUGUAAUGAGGUAUUUGAUGUGAAAAAUCAUGAAAUAGACUAUGGAGCAUAUUUUGUUAGUGCAAAUUGUCAAUUAUGGCAGUAUUUCUCCUCUAUUUAACAUCAUCAUGAUGAAAAUUUUUGUUACUGAAAAUUUUACACAAUGUAAAUAAAUUUAACUAUUUAGGCUUUUUUAUAUAUUACAUAAUUAUAUAAAGCUGGCAGAAAAAGCUAGAACUAAGAAAAAUGUCCAGAAUAUCUUCUUUCUAUGUAAUUUGGAAUCUAUCUUCAGAUGAACAUAUGGAAGUAUUUGAAAACUAUAGUGAGCGAAAGGAUAAACACAUUGUAGAAAGGCUGUAGAAAUCAUGUGAUUUAGAAUUCGUAUUUCCCGUUUUCCACCCCGUGAUGGUAGGCAUUGUCUACUGUGAGAAGAGCACACACUGCACUCUGAACUGUUCUCACUCCGCCUUUUCUAGCUGGUGUGUGGGCCUUGCAGGUCCUCAGCUUCGUCAGACCUCGCUGUUCUCUGGCUGCCUGGUGACUGAGAUGAUGGGUCCAAGUACCUGGACUUUAGAGGCACCAUGAGACAUCCCAGCCCCUUUAGAAUGUAUGCUGAUACUGGACACUGCCAAGAGAACGCCAGAGAUAAAUGGUAGUUAUUCAAAUGUGUGUGUGAAGCCUUUUUUAAAAAAAUAUGAAUACCUUGUUUUAUUUGAAGUGUUUGCUGGAGAUCUGUUAAAAAGUGACUUUAACUUUCAAGACUUUAUCACAUAACCACAGUGCUCUGUGUGCUGUCAUCUGUGGUGGCUUCAGAGUGGGGAUCUCCCAACACUUUUUUUGUUCUUUAGAACUGACAGUGGAGGGAUUUCUGAUGAGUUUUGAGAUCCUAGCAUAUUCAGGAUAGAAAGAUCUCAGGCAAAUCUGUUUUCCUGCUUAGUUUAUCUCUUUGCUUAAGUUAGUUAAAUUUUUUGUUUAACUACUGCCUUAAGUGUUUUAUUAUUUCAAUUGUAAAAAUUUCAAACAUUUAGGAUAAAUGGAAAAUAUCACAGCAUACCUGUUAUCUCGCUGAGGAGUCAUGCCUUUAAUUACAGGGUGAACUCAGUUUGAGUUAGGUCUCUCCGCCAGUUUUUCUGUCCUUCCCAAUAGAUUGCUUCUUAUCACUUAUAUAGAACUAUUCUUUUAUAUAUAUAAUAAACGUUUAAAGUUUUUAAAUGUGAUCUGAUUUUGGUUUUGGCAGUAAAAACGUAACAGGUUAUCUACAUCUAACUAGCUGUCCUAAUGAAUCUCAAUGUAGUUUGAUUUUAUUCAACUGCUCAUUGACAUAAUUUUACAGUCAAAGUUGUAUCACUACUUAAAAUUCAUAAAGGUGUUGUACCUUGUGACCAUACUGUUAAGUAAAAUAAAUCAGAUACAAACCUAAAUAUCACAUGAUUUCUCUUAUGUGAAAAACCCAAAAUAUAAAUAAAGAGCAAAAGUAAAAGAUAGUAUAAUAGGAAGAAGGGAAAUCUUUCUCAAAGGAAAAGAUCAGGAAGUAGGAGGGAGGGGAAGGGGAUGGAAAAAGAAUUAAGACGUGUUAUGUACAUGUACCAAUCCCCCACAAACUGUAAUCAUGAACUACAACCAUACUAAUAAAAAUACUAAUGAGAAAAAGA